UCUAACUACGUAAAACAAUCAACACCAGACCCACACUGGCCAGACUUGUCGGAUAUGAUACGCCAUCCACAAGAGACGUAUAGAUUGCUCACUGAGACAAAACGUUUUUUUAAAAACCUCCUAGAACAGGUGUCAAUAUCUUACGGUCAGCCGACGCAUCGUGCCAGAGCUUUUUGCAAAUUGAUGAAUGUGCCGUUCUACCGGUUCUCUCCGCUCCUCUCGGAAAAUGUGCCUCUGGACUGUGUGGAUGAAGAGAGGAUCGAGAGAAUGCUUCAGGACACGAAUUCCUACAUCGAGGACCCGAAGAAUCGGCAGAGGAUUAAAGAACUCGCAGCCCGCUUGAAAAGAUUCCAAUGAGCAUCGUUCUGGGCUUAAUGCAUGUGCGUUAAGUAUCAUCCCAGAUUA